AUGCAAACUGUCACAGACCCUAAUUUCUUGAAGAAACUGCCAAAAAACGACAAUCUGACUCCAGGAGAAAGAACAGCUCUAAAAUCCUUGAAAAAUAAUAGAAACAUUAUGAUACUACCAGCUGACAAAGGAUCCACCACUGUAAUUAUGAACAAAAAAGAUUACACUGCUGAAGCCUACAAACAGUUAUCCGACAAAGACACCUACAAAGAGAUUGAUGAAAACCCAACCAACAAUUUUAAUACUGAACUCACACAGUGGCUCGUUAAAGAAGCACCUCUCCAAAAUAAUUCCCCUGAAUCAAUAAGACUACUCAUAAAUGACAACCCCUCUACCCCUCAAUUUUACAUACUGCCCAAGAUACACAAAAACGUUUUUCCACCCCCUGGCCGACCUAUAGUUGCCAGUUGCAAUUCUGCCACGGAAAGAAUCUCGGCAUAUGUAGAUUCUCACCUGCAACCUUUUGUCAGAGAAUUACCUUCACAUGUUAAAGACACCAACCACUUCUUAGAACGGCUGACAACCAUACCAACACCUCUUCCUCCUGGGACGAUUUUGGCUACCAUAGAUGUAACUUCCCUGUACACUAACAUCCCCCUUACACAUGGACUUGCGGCUAUAGAAUUUUUCCUGGAUCAACGCCCCAAAAACACUAAGCCCUCAACUUCUUUCCUACUGAACAUGGUUAAGUUCAUUCUAGAAAAAAACAAUUUUCAAUUUGAAGGUAGAAACUACUUACAAACUAAAGGCACUGCCAUGGGUACGAGGAUGGCCCCAUCCUACGCAAAUCUGUUCAUGGGGAAACUCGAAAAAUGUUUCCUACAAUCCCAAAAAGUACAACCUUUGUGUUGGUUCCGGUUUAUAGACGAUAUUUUUAUCUUGUGGACCUCAGGCUCAGACUCCUUAAAACAGUUUAUUGACAGCCUUGACAGUUUCAGUUCCCUUAAAUUCACCAGCAACAUCUCAACAUCAACAAUAGUUUUCCUGGACCUAGAAAUAAAUAUUCAAGAUGGACUCAUACAAACCGGUGUACACUUCAAGCCUACCAACCAUCUACAAUAUUUACAUUUUAACAGCAACCACCCAAAGAACACCAAAAGAUCCAUCCCGUUCAGUCAAGCCAUCAGGGGCAAAAGGAUCUGCAGCAACGAUGAUGAAUUAAACAAGUUCAAUAACAAAAUAUCUGACGCAUUCAUAAAAAGGGGUUACCCUAGAAAGCUGGUGGAGAACCAAAUCCGCUUAGCGCAAGACGAUCCACAACCAAAUAAUGAAAAACGAAAUAGCCAAAACAUUGCUCUUGUCACAGACUACCACCAAGGACUACAUUCAUUGAAUGGCAUUUUAAAAGAGGGCUUCAAAAUCCUCAAGGCCUCCAACCACACCAUCAAUUUUUUGAAAGAUCCACCUAACAUUGUUUUUAGACAACCACCCAAUCUCCGAAAAAUACUAGUCCACCCAAAAGUUCCUGACCCGGCCAACAACAACCCAAACAACGCACGCCCUAACGGUUCAUAUCCCUGUGAUAACAAGAGAUGUAAAACAUGUGAAAUAAAUCAACCCAGCCAAACAUUUUCCAGUUCCACAACCAAAGAAAACUACAACAUCCGAGGCUUCAACACUUGUGAAACGAAGAACAUUAUCUACCAACUACAAUGUAACAAAUGUGAGGCACAGUAUGUAGGCCUAUCCACCAAUAGCCUCAGAACCAGGAUGAAUGGCCAUAGACAAGAUGUAUCUACUGGAUACAAAGACAAACCAGUUGUACAACAUGCCCAGAGCCACAACAACCCUAGUUUCAAUGACUGCUUUACAACCAAAAUAGUCAAAUCACUGCCCCCUCAAUGUAACCAGUCACAACUGAGAAGAUGGGAAUUGUCUUAUCAAUGGUUUACUAAGUCUAGACAACCCCCAAACCUAAACCUGAGAUAA